AUGAUAAACCGUCAAUAUGUGCCUAUAGUACGCCGUUUCAAGUCCAUUUUGAGCUGCAAAAGGCCAGGGUUGGCCCAUCAAGUCCGUCGCCUCUCCACCGGGGAGUUUGACAUUUUCAAGAAGCUCAAGGACUCCACAAACCCAGAGGAGAGCAAAGAUGACGCCAGAAAGCCUUCAGAUAAGGUAAUGCCACGCCAUUUCCCGCGAGUAUACGAGAACCUACAGGUCAUCAAGUUGGUGGACGAAAUCCUCAACCUAACGCUCAUAGAGGCAGCAGAUUUGUGCGACUUGUGCCAAGAGAAGUUGGCAGAACGAAAUGGACCUGCGUUUAACAACGGAUUCAUACCAGGAAGAACUCCAUUCCCGCAUCCACACACCUUCUUUUCGGGUACGCCUCCUCUCGGAGAUUACAAUGUCACAGGAAUGGGUAUGGUCAGUCCGGGCAUGGCCCAGAUGGGCGCAGGAAUGCCAAUGGGAGUCGCCCCGUACGUUUAA